AUGAGGGCUGCCCUGUGUCUGCUCCCCCUCCUUUCCCUUCCCGCUGCUCUCGCAAUCCCCGCCCCUGAUCAAACAGUCCUUGGCGACGUACCUUAUGGCGAUCUUGCCGGUCAGGUCGUCGACUCGGUCAAGCAUGCCGUUCACGAUGCCGUUGAGAUCUCCAAGAGUAAGGCCUCCAAAUGGUAUGAUGCACUUGGGAGAUUGCACGUAGAGCAGCACGGUAUCAACUACGAGCUCGUGUCGAACCCCGUCUUCGAUCAAUACCAGCUUAGGGUCACCGAGCCCGACCUAUGCGACCCUUCUGUUAAGCAAUACUCUGGAUACUUGGAUAUUGCGGAGGACAAACAUCUCUUCUUCUGGUUCUUCGAGGCUCGUGUCAAUCCCGAAGAGGCCCCUCUCCUCCUCUGGCUCAACGGUGGCCCUGGAUGCUCUUCCUCUACAGGUCUCCUAUUUGAGCUCGGUCCCUGCUCGGUCUCUGACAACGGCGCCAACGUCACGUACAACCCUUACUCCUGGAACACUCAUGCCAACGUCAUCUUCCUCGACCAGCCCGUUGACGUCGGUUUCUCCUACGCUGACGACGGUACCUCCGUCAAUACCAGUCCUGUCGCCGGCAAGGACGUCUACGCUUUCCUCGAGCUCUUCCUCGGCCGCUUCAACAAGUAUGCCUCCGCCUCAUUCCACAUCGCUGCCGAAAGCUAUGGCGGUACCUACGCGCCGAACAUUGCAUCUGUCAUCCAUGCUGAGAACCAACUCCUGGCGCGUGCGCAAGCACAGAACAAAGCCGCGCCGGGUCUCCUCCAUAUCAACCUCGCUUCCAUCAUGCUCGGUAACGGGCUCACGAACCCAUACAUCCAGAUGGCGAGCGUGCCCGACUGGGCCUGCGACGGACCGUACCCCGUCUUUGACGACCCGAGCGGCCCCGAGUGCGAGGCGCUACGCACCAAGGUCCCGACGUGCCAGCGGCUUCUACAAAGUUGUUAUAACUUUGAGUCACGUCUGACGUGCGUGCCUGCGCUGCUCUACUGCAACAGCCAGAUCAUGGGUCCUCUCGUUCAGCUGGGCCUCAACCCGUACGACGUGCGCCGCAAGUGCGAUCGCAGCAAGGAUGGCGACCUGUGCUAUCCACAGAUGAACUGGAUCGAGACGUGGAUGAACACACCUGCAACGAAACGUGCGCUGGGUGUGAACCCCUCGCGUGAGUUCGCAAGCUGCAACAUGGAGGUCAACCAGGCCUUUGCGCUACAAGGUGACGGCGCACACAACAGCGCGAAGCUUCUUCCCGCGCUCGUUGAGGACGGCGUGCGUCUCCUUGUGUACGCAGGCAACGCGGACAUGAUGUGUAACUUCAUAGGUAACGAGCGCUGGGUUGAGGAGCUCGAAACGCGCUUCCAGAAGGAGUUCGCUGCGAGGAAAGGCGUGCCGUGGACGACGUCGGAGACGGGCAACAUCGCGGGUCUUGUACGCAGCGCAGGCGGCGGUGGUCAUACUGCAGGUAACGUGACGUUUGUGCAGGUAUACGAAGCCGGCCACAUGGUCCCGUACGACCAGCCCGAGGCCGGUUUGGAUCUUGUAACACGCUGGCUCUUCGACCUCCCUAUUUCUGUGGGUGUUUCUGAGGGAAUUGGUGGGCGAUGA